AUGGCCGACGCCUACAAAGCAGCGACGAGCGAUGCCCCGCCGAGCUACGAUACAGUCACGGGUUCGUCGUCCACAACAUCUUCAAGACCUGCAGCAUCCAGCCACCUGCAAGUCCCAGCAGCCCACAAUGGCAUACCAGCGCAUCACCGAAGAUCCAUGGAGGACGAGCAUCGACCUUUACCAGAAGGUUGGGUCAGGCAGUGGGACCCGAAAGAGCAACAUCAAUUCUUCGUCAAUACCAAAGCUGAUCCUCCGCAGUCGAUCUGGCAUCAUCCAUACGACGAUGAUUCGUACUUGAGCACAUUGACUUCCGAGCAACGCGAAAGAAUACAGGAGGAAGAGCGUCAGCGCAUGGAACAUUACCAUGACUACGACGAGUCAUCUACUUCGACGAAACAAUCACAAGCCUCCUCCGGCGUACCUGUAUCCUCCCACCACACUGGAUCCUCCUCAUUUCCCGAAGAACUCCCACCACGAACGUCAGGAACUACAGCCGCAGCGAGCUCGUCCUCCCACCACAAGGGUUUCGGUGAAAAGUUCAAGGAAAAGGUCACAGGACAGACUAAGGAGGAGCGUCAGAGAGAACGAGAAAUCAGAGACCAGCAAGAACGUGAAUAUUACGAGGCACAUAUUCGCUUCCGACAGUGCAUGCAGCAAGCACAGAUCACUGGACAGCCACAGUUCUUCGCAAAAGACCGAAAUGGUCAAGAGAUCUACAUCGAGCCGCCAAAUAUGAUGGGUGGUGGUGGUUAUGGUGGUCGAGGAUAUGGUUACAAUCCUUAUACGUCUGGACCAUAUGCAAAUCCAAAUGCACGGUUUAUCAGACCGCAAGCGGGCUAUUAUGGACGUCCUUAUGGUCGAGGCUAUGGUGGUGGAAUGGGCAUGCCCAUUGCCGGUGGAUUGCUUGGAGGUAUGAUGUUAGGGAGCUUGAUGUUCUAG